GGAGGAGGAAUCGGGGGGGUAGUAGUGCGUAGGGUGAUAGAGACAGCACGCGUAGCUGGCAUAAAAGUGGCUAUUAUUAUUAUUAUUAUUAUUACUGAAUGGUUCAACCGAAAGGGCAAGUGUCAGCUUCAGCCAUUCGAGAUCAGAUCGUUGAAGGUCAAGCGAGGCCACCGACGAGCCGCGACCGAAGGGUGCACGAAUGAAAUGCACGAGAAACAAAUCCACUUCUCAAUCGAUCAUCGUUCAACCCCAUGAAUAGCGCCGGAAUCCUCGCACCGAAUCUGAGGGUCGAGAAGGGACAAAACCACCUAAUAAUAGGUAUCGGAUUACAGUUUCCCUAUAUUUUUUGCCCUUUUUUUUUCCUUCUCUUUUUUUGGUUCUUUUGCUUCAGAAUACCAAAAGCAGAAAAAGAAAGUCGACGGAUCGAUUUCCGGAGGGCUAUUCCGGUUCCGGUUUCUGAUCUGGGAUAGGAAUAGUAGUUUCUUGAUAUUAAGUCCCAAGGUAAAGAAAGACAGAGCAAUGCCCUACGGAGGUCCGUUGAGUGGAUUAUUAUUGGAGCAUUGGGGGACCGUUUAGUGACAGCGGCCAAGCGCACCGGCGCACCGGCCAACAAGGUCUCCCGAGAUGGCGUGGUUGCAGCGCAGAUCGUCUUGUUUUGUUCGCUUAUGUUGACCGAAUGGGACGUUGCUGAGAUGUAUAUGAGGCGGGGGAAAAAAA